ACAAAAUUUGACCAAGAGGGAAAUGUUACUUCCUUUGAAAGGAAAAAAACUGAGUUAUACCAAGAGUUAGGUCUCCAAGCCAGAGAUUUGAGGUUUCAGCAUGUGAUGAGCAUCACAACCAGGAACAACAGGAUUAUCAUGAGGAUGGAGUAUUUGAAAGCUGUGAUAACUCCAGAGUGUCUUCUGAUACUAGAUUAUCGUAAUUUAAACUUGGAACAAUGGCUAUUCCGGGAGCUUCCAUCACAGUUGGCUGGAGGUGGUCAACUUGUCACAUACCCUUUACCUUUUGAGUUCAGAGCUAUAGAAGCACUCCUACAAUAUUGGAUCAACACCCUUCAGGGGAAACUUAGCGUUUUGCAGCCACUGAUCCUUGAGACAUUGGAAGCUUUAGUGGAUCCCAAACAUUCUUCUGUAGACAGAAGCAAACUGCACAUCUUACUGCAAAAUGGCAAAAGUCUGUCAGAGUUAGAAACAGACAUUAAAAUUUUUAAAGAGUCAAUUUUGGAGAUCUUGGAUGAAGAAGAGUUGAUAGAAGAGCUCUGUCUGACGAAGUGGAAUGACCCCCACAUCUUUGAAAAGAGCAGUGCUGGGAUCGACCAUGCAGAGGAGAUGGAGUUGCUGCUGGAAAACUACUACCGCUUAGCUGACGACCUUUCCAACGCAGCUCGGGAGCUCAGGGUGCUGAUUGACGACUCACAGAGCGUUAUUUUUAUCAAUCUGGACAGCCACCGGAACGUGAUGAUGAGGCUGAAUCUACAGUUAACAAUGGGAACCUUCUCUCUUUCACUCUUUGGUCUCAUAGGAGUUGCUUUUGGCAUGAAUUUGGAAUCUUCCCUUGAAGAGGACCACAGGGUGUUUUGGCUGAUCACAGGGAUCAUGUUCAUGGGAAGUGGCCUCAUCUGGAGGCGUUUGCUUUCAUUCCUUGGGAGACAACUAGAAUCUCCUCUGCCUCCUAGGAUGUCUUCUUUACCUAAAAAGACCCUUCCUGCAGACAGGAUGGAAGUGAAAAACAGCCUCAGGCCAGAUGGACUUGGAUCAAACAGAAAUAUCCUAACAACCCGUUAGCAACAACUUGGUGGAGACUAAAUUUCUUUUAUAUUUCUGAUACUGAUUUCUUUUAUAGAGUCAUACACUUGAAAAAAAUCAAUAUUUAAAUUACAGUGUCUGAUAAUGUUAUGGCAAUCGCAAUACUAAGAACUAAUUGCAUUUCCCGAAUUCUGAGUAAACAGCCAAGUGAUUGUUUUAUGAAAGGCCAAAAAUCAUAUUUCAUACAGACUUUAAAUACUGUUUUUAUAAAUAGGGUGUGGGACAUAGAGAAUAAUUUAAUGCAAGAAUAGAUUUAUAUAGAUUUUAUUUAAUUUAUACAUAAAGAAAAGUGCAAUCUCAUGCUGACCAAAGCCUCAAAGUUUUCAAACCCAUUGAUUCUGAGGUCAGGUACUGGCAGGUUUUAGUACAGGAAAUCAUAGUACAGGGCAUUCAAGUGAUUUCCUCACUCAUUUGCUUGAAGUGCUAGCGUAAUAUUUCCUACCCUUAAACUCGGGAAGUUUGUGCUUUAAAAACCAUCCUCGGCAUAACCUUCUUUUCUUGAAUUUGCCCCCAUAUAUACAUAUAUGGUAAGUACAAAGAGAGAAAGAGUAAUCAGAAUCUCGCUUUCUUUGUUUGGCUAUAAAGAGAGCCUUUGGAAGUAAAGGCUGUUCUAUAGCUAGUUUGUUGAUUCUCUGAUUUCUAAAGAUUUUUAAACCAUCUUGCCCAAAAUGAAAAUACAGAUAGCUCAACUAAUCUAUAUGUGUAUACUUCAGAAGUUAACAGAAGGACAGGUAAAUGUUAGAAUUGUGGAACUUAUUUUCACAAUAAGUUUGGUUUAAAACAAAUGGCUAAUACGUAUAAGUCUGAAAAGUGUAUCUUGAUUAACAUCUUACCUAUCAAUUGUAUAUUUUCUGGAGGUCUGGUGCAGUCGCAUCCAGAACGUUAAAGUUAAACAUGCCUCCAAAAGUAGUGUGCGCUGCAGACUAGGAUGACCACAACAGCCCUUACACUACAGAUGCAGUAGUAGUAAGAGAAUAAGACUGGGAUAUAUAGCUCAGUAGCAUAAGUGCCUGCCUGGCAAGCACAAGGUCCUGAGUUAGAUUUCUGGUACCAAAAAAAAAAAAGAGAGAGAAUAAGUAGCCCUGCCUUGAUAGUGCUGAGGGUACCGUGUCACCCUAAUAUGCUGAGGAAGUUUAGGGGUCCCAUUUACCAGGUGGUUUGGUGAGAGGAUAAAAAUGUUACUCCAGGCGCUGAAACAAGAUAAAGUUAUAGGUAAGGUUCCCCUCACCCUGUGUGUGGCUGUGGGAAGCCGUUAGAGGGACACUGGAGACUGACUGUAAGGAUGAAACAGGUUGGACUGUUCUUAACCCUCUGGGCGCCUCCCUGUGGGUCAGGACACCCUUACGGUAUGGACACUGCACUGGGAAUACAGAAUACCUCCCGCGCUGCAAAUCCUCCUGAUGAUCAUCAAGAUCACCUUUGAGAACGUGUGGAUUUUAUUUCACAGGGCACCCUUCAAAGCACUGCACUGCUGUUUUUGGUCUUACCACUGUAAAGUAAUAAAUACUGUGAUCUGUGAGGACUUGGAAUCCCAGAGGACAAAGUUUAAGAUCAGGCAUAAGGUUGAAUUUUGGUCAUUUUCCUUCCUUAGUUUAUGAGCUUGGGUAAAAUAAUUUUAAUUGGUCAUGUCCCAUUAGUAAAAGUAAUGUAACUACCUCAGUAAUCUGAUAAAUUGAAUUUACAAAUGGUUUUUUAAAUUCUUGAAGGUGGUUAGAUCAGAAAUGACUCCAAAUGUCAGCUAGCUCUGCUUCCUGAUUGCAGAGUAUUUCUUACAGUACAGUUCUUGUGGAUAAUAAAACAACCAGUGCCAAAUAACGCAGCACAUUGGUUGUAAAUUUUGAAGUAAAUAGAGAACUUCAGUACUUAAAAGAAAGGUGAUAAAGUGCCAGAUACUGGAAUAUGUGAGGAAGCAAGCACUUCAAAGUGUGAACCAUAAUGCUCUUAAUAGAGUUUGUCUCUGGCAGACUUCUGACCCAAUAUGGGCAGAACUGAUGUCAUUUUGGUAUGCUGUUAGAUGUGUCAUGCUUCAUUCUUGAUAAACACAGGCUGUGAAAUAACCAUUAAAGGGUUUCACAUUUAAAACUUACUUGUAAUAAAUAAAUAAAAACGUACUUGUUACAUGUUA